UGGCGGCUCGCCCAUUCUCGGGCUGCGAGGCCUGUGUGCCGGACCUGGCCCAGGAUGGACAGCCGGAUUCCUUAUGAUGACUACCCAGUGGUUUUCCUACCUGCCUAUGAGAAUCCCCCAGCAUGGAUUCCACCACAUGAGUGUUCCAGAAGAAGAGUAUACCACCCAGACUACAACAAUGAGUUGACCCAGUUUCUACCCCGAAUUGUCACACUUAAGAAGCCUCCUGGAGCUCAGUUGGGAUCUAACAUCCGAGGAGGAAAGGCUUCAGAGCUAGGCAUCUUCAUUUCCAAGGUGAUUCCUGAUUCUGAUGCACAUCGAGCAGGACUUCAAGAAGGGGACCAAGUUCUGUCUGUGAAUGAUGUGGAUUUCCAAGAUAUUGAGCACCGCAAGGCUGUUGAGAUCCUGAAGACAGCCUGUGAAAUCAGCAUGUGUGUGCGCUUCUUUCCCUACAAUUAUCAUGGCCAAAAAGAUAGGACUGUGCACUAGAGAGUUUCAGCUCACUAGCCAGGUGCAGCACAAGCUGGCUGGGCCCCAAGAAAGCCACAUGGGAAAUUGUUUUCUCAGCCCUUUUCUGGCACAAUGGGGGAGAGGACGCAGAGACCUAGGAACCAACUGCAUUACCCACACUGUACUGUCUUUUCAGUUACCUAGUUUUCUAGACGAGCUUCGUUGCCUGAAAGGAGAAGGAUGAUGAGGGCUAGGAUAAGCCUAGCCUGUAGAGAACAACUAGAAAAGGUAACUGGCAUUUACUACAUACCAUAGGCUAGAUGCUUACCCAGAUUAAUAUUUUCAUUAUAAAAAUAAGAGAAAGUAAAAGAAUCUUCUGCUUUUCCAGCCAUCACAUCCCAUCCUUAUAUUACUGGAAGCUUCAUAUAUACUUUGGGGAC